AUAACUUUUCGUCUUCAGAAAGAGCCUUCGAUGGUCGCAGGGACAAGAAACAUAAAGUCUUCGGUCGAUCCGGUCACUCCACGAUGAUUCACAGAACGCUGCCUUGGAGAAGACCAUGACUCCAAGACGACUCUCGAGUGAGAACCCUAACUCUUCUCAUGGUUCAACCUCUUCGAUCCUUUCCUAGACCCUUACUCAUUCCAACAGCAUCAAGACAUACGCAACAACACUCUGCACCAGCCACAUCAACACACAAGUCAGCUUACAAUGGUUAUUGGCCAAGUGGCAGACCACUGCGCCCAGCAGACCACCCAGGCAUCCCGGGUUGGGGCUCUUGGGAAAUGGCACGCUCCUCCCCUCGCCGACGCGACCAUCCUCAGCUCCGCAAAGGAAGCUAUCCGAUGGACAGAAUCUGACGAACUCUUCGUGGAAACUAUAUUCCGCAGGGGAGAGGAACCUCGCCCCAUAUUGAAGAACCGUGGCGGCAUCACUGACCACAAAAUUGCCCAGCUGGCCUGCCUCGACCAUGCCAUUCAGCUGUUCGAGGAACGAAUCGGGCACUCAGACGCUGGGUUCUACGCAUGGUCUGAAUACCACAGGCGCGCCAUCGAUCUCAAACUGACAGUCGAGCCGACCGUGCGUACCUACAGGAUCAGCAAAGACCACGUCCACUGUAUCAAGCUGGCCAAGAGGGCUGGAGUCGCACCAGGUGCGUGGAACCAGAAAGCAUGGAAUGCGCAGUACGCGCACAUCCUUAGGAUCCGCGGGGAGGCUCUGGAGGCACUACUAGGCUCCCCUGGUCUUUGCACACAUGAGUUGGGCCAGAUCGUCUCGAGGCUCAGGGUGCUGUCCGUUCCCUGCGGCCCCGUGGCCGAGCGUGCCAACUGGCUCUAUCGCGGCGCUCCGAUCCACCCACAAAGUAGGAUCUGCCAAUCUGGUGGAUUGGGGGGAAACUAGCAGUCUUCCGUCCAUUCUAUUUGCAGGGAGCUGGAGAAGGAUGUGGAGGCUGCCAACGCCUUGGCGACUCGCUUCUGGAUGGCUUGCGAUGCUUUGCGGCUGCCGC